CUUUAUGCCACCGCUUUGCCCGUCGACCGUCGUACGGUACGUAAUACUCGCUGCUCGAUGGUAGUGGUUCGACGCGACUGCCGAGAGCUUCAGUCGAUUCGCGGCGCUUCGUUUGUGCGCUUUAUCUGAGAAAACCCUGAACCGAGUACUCAAAACAUCACAAAACAAAAAAAAAACAAGUGAAUAAUCAACUGAUAAUAAUAAAAAAAAUUAUCUAUGAAAAUAGUAAAAUACGUAAAAUUUCGCCAAAUAAUUAAAAAAUAAAUUUGAAUUUUGUUUUCAUACCGUACCAAAUUGAUCAGUGCGUAAUCUGCGCGAUGUCGGCGUGAUCGGGUGAAUAAUGUCAUCGUUUGAAUGUUCGCGCGUUCGGAUUGGCCGACCGACAGGACGACGACGACGACGAUGUGAGUGCGUUCCUGUGCGUUCAGUGUCGACCGCUUUCGACAACAAUCGAAUGAAAUAACUGACUCUGCGCUGCUGCUGCUGCUGCCCACACUCACCGUGUGUGUGCAGCUUCGAAUGUUGCUGUUGCCAAUAGCAACACGUUCGGGGAAAAAAAUAUCAACCAGGCAAGAAACAAGUGAGCGUCGGCCGUAUUACAAUCGACGUGUCUCACUCUUACCCAUUGAUGUGUAACAGCUUGUUGCUUGUUGUGUGCAUGUGUGACGCGUCGAAACGUUGAAAGUUCUCCGCGCGUACGCCACACACACAACACAAGCGCAUUCGACGAUUGGAGGAGUGUUGAAGUUCUAUUUUCGCGUGCAAAUGCGCUCGACGUAGCCAGUGUACGCUGCGUACGUUGUAUGUAAAUACAGCGAAACGAUUCGGAAAAGAAGCAGAAAUCAUAAUACGCGAUGGGUCGUCACUGAAGCGCGUCCCGCCGGAUCGGCAGGAAAUCGUCGCGCGCCCGAACCUUGAAUUAAUUAAUUGAUUUUGUUGUGCGCGCGCUGAGAAAACAAAAACUAUCACCGCGGCGCUGAGUUUGGAAUUUGCCGCAACAGCUGUAGUGAAGUGCGCGUGGGCGUGCGCAGGUUUUGUCACAAAUUUUAUCGCCGAUUACCGAGUUGUAUUGAUGAUAACAGUACACAAUGUCGAUUGAGAUAAAAGGAGAAACCUUCGCGAAUCUCGAGAGUCAACAACAAAACGCCGAAAUGGGUGCGUCCGGCACGAAGCAACUUUACAAUGGGAUCCCCCCAGGUUUACAAGACGAUGCAACGGAGGCGCUGCACAUCGUCAGCGAGACGCUGGACGACAUCGUCAAUGCUGUCACCAAACGCGCGCUUGACAAUUCUUUAGAUAAUGAAAACGACAACAGUACAAACGCAAACGAUUCUAAACUCAUUCCCUACAAGGAGCCACAAUCAAACGACGAUCUGCUUUUGGGCAGCGUGGAUGGCGAAGACUCCGCUACCGAAAGCCUGCCCGUUGAAGAGACCUGUAUCGAGGAACCGCAUGAUCGCAGUGAUGGUUCCGAUUCCGGUCUCGGGUUGGAAUUGUGCGAUGAACGCCCCAAUAGUGAUUCUAAUACGGUCACCAACUCGACGCUUGGUGAAAGUGACAGUGAGACAUCCUUCCUUGAUAGGUUGGACCCAUCAGAUCCCGUCGAGGAUAAAACUGAUGAUUUAUUACUGAAAGCGAAGAAUAUCGGAGAUGAUAUCAGCGCUAUUCUGGAUGAGGCGAAGGUAAAGGUACCUGUGCCCAUCAUGCCGAUCAAGAGUAGUUUAAAGCGGAAGCUGCAUGUUGAUGUUGAUCAGCCAACUGAUGCUGUAGAUGGUGCUCCCAAGUGCAAGAAGAAGCGCGGGAUUACUUUCGACAGUGUUACAGUGUUUUAUUUUCCUAGGGCGCAGGGUUUUACUUGCGUCCCUUCUCAAGGUGGAUCCACUCUCGGAAUGGGUGCGCAGCACUCGUAUUCUAAGAAGUUUUCCAUUGCUGAACAUGCGUUGGAACAGAGGAGGAUCCACCGGCAGUUGUUGCAACAAUUGAGGUCAGAGAGACAAGUCACCACAGGUGCUGGUAUGGGUUCGUCAAGUGACGAUAGUGAUUCAGAAGAGGAACCUUCGGAUGUGUCCGAAUCGGAGUUGGAUUUGGACAAUUAUUACUUUCUACAACCUGUGCCAACUCGUCAACGCAGGGCAUUAUUGAGAGCUGCAGGUGUGCGCAAGAUUGACUCCAUGGAGAAGGACGAAUGCAGAGAUAUUAGGACUUCCAGGGAGUUUUGUGGAUGUGGAUGCAAAGGAUAUUGUGAUCCAGACACGUGUUCCUGCAGUCAAGCGGGGAUCAAAUGUCAAGUGGACAGAUUAAACUUUCCGUGUGGAUGUUCACGUGAUAAUUGCGGGAACUCCAGCGGGCGAAUUGAGUUCAACCCUGUGAGGGUGCGCACGCACUUUAUACAUACCCUCAUGAGGUUGGAGUUGGAAAAGAAGCAGAAGUCCGAAGAGGAGGCCGAGAAUAAGAAGUGGAUGGAGAGCGAGCGGUUGGCUACGCCGUAUUGUGCGUCUACGAGUGGGCGGAGUGGACCAAAAGAUCCGAAUGAGCCGAAGGCACAUUCAUCGCAGCAUCAACACCACCAACACCAGCACCCGCAUCAAAAGUAUUUAAAUCCGCAUGGAGAUGCCGUAGAUGGUGGUGUUCACGAUGGCGGAUUUACUAAUCUACAUUAUGGAGCUCCUGGCGAAUGUCCUGGACCCGGCGUCAAUUGUCUACCGCAUCCCUCAUCUGGUUUUGCAAACUUGCCCACGCGGGAAGACUCCUUGGACCUGUACACCUUCAGAGAAGACUGCUACCAAGACAAGCAACAGCAACAUUUUCCUGUACCCACACCACCGGCAAACUUUCAUUUUGGUCAAACCUCGACCGAGCAGAGAUUUACCAGUGAGGUUGGUUUUCCGUACCAUGGUCAUCAUCAUCAGCAUCUUCUCUCUGGGCAAGCGCAACACCAACAUCAACAACACCAGCAUCAAACACCUCAAACUGGAAGCUAUCCGGUGUUUAAUGAUUUUAAUACUGUACCGGUUUUCAAUCCUUACGGCCACUAUCAACCUGAGUUUACCACCAAUGCACAACAACUACCAGCAACCAGCAGCAACUCAGGGAAGUGUCUUGACCUAAUGACGAAACCCUCAGAGACCAAUUUCGGCAACUUCGAACCCGAACAACAGCAAUACACCAAUUUGAGCACGGUCGGUGCGAACAACAAGUCGAUCGAGUCCUUCUCCGACCUGCUAAACGCGCGCUACGCUGGCGCAAGCGCAGUAAGCGGUUAUCCCGCCUACGAAGACUUUAAUCACAUCCAAGAGGCGACGCCAACCCUUACCGAAAGCAUCAAGGACGAUCAUGCCUCCACCAGUAAUGAUGUUAAUGUUACGAGUGAGAACGAAAACGAGAACGACAAUUUCGGCGAGAUUAUUAAGAAAUCAAUCGUCGAAACGGUGUCGGCGUAAAAACUUAUAUACAAUGAUAAUGAAAAUUUACAAUGUGUCGCGCAUGCGCAAUGAAGUUUUAAUGGCGAUUAUUGUACAUAACCAAUCUUAACCGAACCUAACCAAGAAAUGUCAAUUUUUAUUUUAGGCAUGUGCGUUUACUUUUUCGACACAUUGCAGGCAACCACCAUCAAAUGUUUUGUAAGAUAUUAACUAUAAUCAUAAAUGAAAACAAGUACGUUAAUUAAAUUGUAAAAUGACGGACAUUCGCCGAUUGCAGAGCAAAGGAUACGCGUUUCAUCUUUUAUCUAUUUGUAUAUUGAGAUAUCAUUUUUAUUGCAAUAUUGAAACGAAAUGAAUUAUUGUUUGUUUUCUGUUGAAAGCGCGGAUUCUUUGCGUCGCGCCAUAAGAUAAAAUUAAACAUAUACAAGAAGUAAUAAAGUCCGUCACUAAACUAAUAAAUUAAACAAAUAUAUAAACAAUUACUAACUAUGAGGAUACUUAAACAAUUAUUAUUAUAUUUAUAAACGACUAAUUAUUGAAUAAUAUAUAUGAGAUUCUUAUUAGAUGAUGAUGGAAAUGAAGACCGCGGAAAUGUUUCGAGUUGAGGUGGCGAAGAGAGUUUGCAGAGAGUGCUAAAUGAAGCAAAAGCAACAAAUAAUACGUUCCAAUAUUAUUAUUAUAUGAAUAACUAUUAUUAUAUUAUGAAUUGAUUAUGAAAUAUUAUAAUAUUAUUAUUUAUUAUUAUGUAAAUUGAAUUUAUAUAUUAAAAUGAAGAAAACGUAGGCAAAAUACUACAUACUAGAGCAAAAAACAGAAAAUGAAAAUGUUUUAAUAAAUGUUGUGAAAAGAAAGCAUUGCUUUUGCAUAAAACACUCUGUACACAGAUCACGAACAUCAAGGAGAAGACGAACAGCGUCAGGAAACUUUGCUCUGCAGCUGUAUUUCUGAAUCUAGAGCAUGCCGCUCAUAAAAUUGCGUUGUAUACAACCGAACACACGAAAUUAUAGAAACAGUGGCAGGAACGUUAUGCCAUUAUGUUUUAUGUCGGAUUAUUUUUGUUUUUACAUUGCAACGCCAUCUAAACUUUAAUUUUAGAGUUACAUGUUUGAUUUUAUAUUUUGUUUCAUAAAAAUUUAACUGUCACCGCGUUAUUUCGCUGUAUCAUUUACAAUUUUUUUCAAAUGGUGGUCCAAAGCAGAACCCUUGAAGAGGAUGCGAAACAAUGGCGGAAAACCUCUAUAGUUCAUCCGCGGAACAAUAUAAUAAUAAAAAAAGUGCGGAAGGUUUUCGUGCCAAGCUACGAAAAAGAGUAUGAAACAAAUAUGUAUAAAUUAUUAUCGUACGCUUAUCAGCGCGAAUGGGAGAAAGAAAGAAACGAUGAUUUUCGUAUCACAGCCGCGAAGAAUUCCACGCCUGAACACGAAAUACUGCACAGGAAAGUGUUCAAGAAGAAGAGCUACUACACUGGAAAGAAACCACUACCGAUUAUUACGUUAAAAAGAUUCGCGAACGUUUUGGGCAAAGUGGAUACGAACCUGGGCCGGCCGCACACGGAGGAAUGAUAUUUAAUUAGGGUGCGCUCAUUUAUUAUGCCAUCACCGCGAGGGGGAUACACUUUGGCACGAAGUACACCUACUACCACCUACACGAAGAGCGAGCGUGCACGUUCUGAGACGCGCGCGGAAUAUCAAUAAUCUUUACGAACGUGAGGCAUGGUAAUAAACAUAUACGAUGUACGAGAUGGCACAAAUGCGUGUGUUAUUUGUAGUUGUAUAAACGAGUGAAUUAAAUUUGCGCAUGCGCAGCUAGUGAAUCAAAUUUAUCUAAUGUUAAUGCAUACUAAUUGAAAUUUAAGUUUAAAUUUAUAUCAUGUGAAUUCAAAACUAAGCGCCUUCUGUGCGGAGGAAGUUUCCUUCGUGUUGUAAUGCAGCGUUGGUAAACUUUGUAGAGCAAACAUGAAUUUGGGUGUAUGCGACAGUUCGCCGCGCGACUUUUCUCCGCGGUCAAUUCUCCACCAGAUAUUGUUUUUUUUUUUGCGUGGAAUUAGAUAAAGUCAAUGUAAAUAGAUAAUAACUACUAUUGGGGUAGUGACGGGAUGCAAAUCACAUAAGAUGAGGUAGUUUAUGAUAAAGUAGUAGUUCAUUCACAUAUUCUUUACAUUUAUUAUUUUAAAUAAAUUUUGCCUAACAUUUCAAUCGCGAAAUGAGAUAAAGUGGACAUGUGUUGAUAAAAUGCGCUGCCAUGGCCCAUGUUUACAAAACAUUGCAACAACGAUAUGAUCGCGGGAAUAUUUUAAUUUAUAACGGACAUUCUAGCGACAUCUCGGAAAGAUUUUAAGAGUUCAGUUUGAAAUCGUCUGCUAGUGUUAUUGAAUCGGGCCACGAAGUAUAGAUAAAAGGAGUCCGAACGGUAUAGGCUUUUUCGUCGUAGUCAUGGUUCACAAUUAUAUACAAAGCUAAUAGUUCACCUUUCUGCCACUGGGUGCGCUUGAAUCACUAGUGAAUCGAUGUACGUUGGUUCGUGUUCAUAGCAACAUUGAGACAAUUUGUUUACAUGACGUUCCUGUGUUUAGAUACUUCGUGAUUAUUAUUACACGUGAACACGUGCUGGUUUGUGAAUGUUUAAUUGAAUUCAAUUAAAUUUAAAAAUACAUUUUUUAAUAAUGCGAGGACAUUUUCUAGCCAAAUGUUUCAACAAAUGUGCUACCGAGAGGACAGUUAAAACUAAAAAAUGCCGGAAGCUAUCUAAAUUAUAUUAAUAAAAAUUAAAGCAAUUUGUAUUUA